AAAUGUCAGGAUAACCUGCACUUGCAAUGUUUCGUUACCUGAUAGCCUCUUAUGUAAGGAGUGUAGGCUGCACACAGCCACUUUACUUUCUACAGUUUCUUAUUUAUAGAAUUUUAUAUGUCUUUGGCCAAGUUCUUUCAUUUGUUUAUUUAAGUAGUAAGUGUUUCAUCAAUUAUGUAAGUUAUAUGAUACCUUCACAGUAUUUUUUGGUUCACACUAUUUUGUGUUUUGUGUGAUCACUGACUGUUGGCUAUACCGUUCACCGGCAAGAUCACGUUCUGCCCUGCGUCCCAUGAAUAGUUCAUGUGUCAUCGCCUCCCACGUGGACUUUGCAAAGCGCACAGGUUGUGGUGUUGCCUCUUGUGUCACCACUGAUACCAAACUACACUGUGUGUAAAUGGCCACCUCGAACUAUAGAAAUUAUACUUGAUAUCGACCGACCUCAAGACAGUAGAGAUAUUUCAAGACUCAGUCUCUAUUGUGAUAUCAGGAAGGUGCGCUUACUGACAGUCACAGGUGGUCAGCAGAGCGCAAAGGUUCUCACCAACACACACCUGCAGCCUCACAAAGACAACGUGGCCUCCGUUACCACUGAAAUGAACUGAUGUAUUUUGUGGGUGGCCUUUUUUUCUCUCAUUCUUUUUGUGGUAAGCGUAUGGAUGAUCCAAAGUUAAGGAAUUCGAGAAAUCGAGGCCCAUAAGCAUUCCAGCUCAAGUGGAUACUUCAUAUAGUGUGGAAAAAAUUAAUGCGAUUGAACUUUAAACAAUGCAAGUUGAACUGGACAGCACGUGAAGAUCUCCCCGUGCAUGCGGACAGCCCAGAGGGUCGGACGGUUGUGAAGUUCGCAUUUUGUAGAACACUUGGGUUUUGUAGAGCGUGUCUUCAGUUUUACUUAUGUGUGUCGUGCCCCCGAAUCACACCGUCAUUACUGUGUGUGUUCCCCAAGACCUGCAAGCUUCCCAGUACAGCAGCGUGCAGGCGACUCAAGAACCAUUUGUGUGGGACUACUACUACAACGAAACAAGCAUCAGAAUGUUAUCAUUGUUUCUCGGUAUUCAUUAUGCGUCUAGUGCCAUAAAAUCUCCUAAUGAGAUAAACGGACUUUAAUGACGAGUGAAGCUUGCCUUUGUUUUCUUGAGUUUAGUGAAGACGUCAAGAGACACCGAUAUCAGCUGCGGCUUGUUUGAUGAGUUUGGUAAAUGAACGUCUUAGUUGCAAUAUGUAUCGGCAGUCACUUCUUGCCUUCUCAGUUUGAUGCGUGAUUCAUGAAGCUAUUCACUUUACCUAAGACUUGCUGUUCGUCCAAAGAGUUACACCAUACUUCCAUUACACUAACAUCAUAUCUUCCAUACAUUACUUAUUAUUUAUUUGAUUGACAUUUUUUAGAUUGUUUCUUUACUUCGCCGACACUUAGCAUAAACUCGUGGUGGUUCUUGAUACGAGUUGCUUUUGAGAAAGGCUGGUGACGUGCACGCUGUCAGGUUAUUGCAGGUCAUGAUCGUGUGUAGCGUUGUGAAGUGACUUGUUCGAUAGUGUAUUACCACUUUAUUACUGCUUACGAAGUGACCAGUGGCUUCACAGAAUUCAGACUAUAAAACCGUAGCAAUUGCAUUCAGAGAGAAAAAAAAAAUGAUACUUUGAAGGAUUCCAGGCUCUUCUUCAUUCCAAGAAUUUACCCAGUGGUGGCUUACGAGUCACUUUUCCACUGAUGGCUCCAAAACAGAACAAUUACUCAUAACUGGAUAAUUUCUUGAAUCCUGAAGGGCCUAAAACUACCUGGGACUUCUAAGACUGGCUUUUAAUGGAUCUGUCUUGUGGAUGAAAUCUUAAAACCCACAGAGAAUCCAAGAAGCCAUGAAUGUGUCGACUCAGUUUAUGGAUCUUGACACAAAGCACUUCCUCCUCUUAAUGGAAGUGAUGGUGUAUUGUGUAUUCUUCCCUCCCUCAGCGCGUCCCCAUAAAAGAAAACCUACUCGCUCAUUUCGUGUAAACCCUGCCCCUCCUUGCCUAUGAUUCCUUUUUCAGUGGUAUCUGAUGUAUGUUUCCCCCCUUGUCCUGAGUCCUUGAGGCCCAAUAUUAUACAUGGGCUACUCCAGUGGCUGUUAUUAGGUGUUGCAACCCUCGUGCCUCCCACCCCUAGGUGUUGCCCCCGCUGCCCCUCCCUGUGACGUAGACACAGUCGAUGUUUUUUCUUUUUUCUUCCAUAAGUGAUCACUGUGCUCUUUGACACCUUGAUGGUGUUGCCAUAUAUUUUUUUCCGAGUGGUUUCUAGUGUUGCCAUCAUCUUAGUGGUCCCUUCUACAGUGUUGCCACACCUUAGUGGUCCCUAUAAGCGGUUAUGCCACCUCCCCAGUGGUCCCUGCACACUGGUGCCACACCCCAAUGGCUCGUACACAGUUGAGCCAUUUCAGUCAUGUCCGGAGCAUCACCCUCCGUGGCCUCUGCCGUAUUAUAUUACUUCCUUAGUGGACCCUUUACAGUGCUGUCAUGCCUCAGUGGCUCCCUUAGCGUGCCACAUGUUGGUGGUCCCGUCAAGACGGUACCAGUGGUCAUCAAUAGCGUGCCACUCCUCGUGGUCCCUAUAGCGCUCCCAUCCCUUGUGGUUCCCAACAGUGUUCAGACACUUCUUCCAUGGUCCUUGUAAAUUGUUGCCACUCCAGUGCUCCCUUACAGUGUUACCAGAUCUUCAGCAGUGAACCAGUACAGCAUUUUCAAUUCCCUCCCUAAAUAACCUUACCGGUGUUGCCACAUUUUCCUGGUGGUUUACCUCCUAUGGUGCCACUUCCCCAGUGCUCCCUCUACAUGUUGCCAUAUCCAGUACUCCUCAUACAAUGUUACCACUUGAACAGUGGUCCCUCUACAGUGUUGCCACCUUCUCCUCAGUGGUCCCUCUACAGUGUUACCACCUCCGCGCUUGGCGGUGUAUGGGCGCGGUGUUGCUGUAGUUCUUCCACGUUGUGUGUCGUCUCGUAUAGUUUGUGGUGUGUGUGCUGUGAGACACACAGACAGACAAACAGACGGUCAGGUGGUUGGGGAGUGUGAGUGAAGAGUGAGCGUGAGGCGUGAGGGUGGUAGCGAUGGGUCCAAGGCUUUGUCAUGAGCUCACUGCCACCACCACCAGGACUGGCCUGCGUGGCGGCCAGCUCCUGCCUCCCUCACGCUGGGCGAGUGUAGUGUGAGUGUGUGAUGUGAAGGUGGCAGCUGCCACUCAGUCGGCUAGCCAGCUGACCAGCCUCCGCGCUGCGGGGUCCGGACUGCUGCUCCUACCGCUACUGUUGCUGGCACUGCCGAGAGUCGUCAUAUCCAGCCAGGGUCCACCGCAUAUCCGCCAGGCGGCCGUCCCGCCCACACGCAUCUGCGGGCCGUGCCUCCUGGCCCGGGCCGCACUCGUGGUGGCCCCCCUGGCCCUGGGCCCGCGCCGCCCGCUUUAGCAGCACAGCACUGGCGGGGGUGCGGGCCGGGCCACCCCACGCGCCACCCGGGGCUCAGUUGUUCUUCGAACAAUUGGGUGGCGCGCGGGGCCGUCGACAAUCGCGUGUUGUUGUGUCGCUGUGGCUUGUGGUGCAGCGGACGGUGCGUGCGGCUCACCCAGCCGUCGCUGCCGGGAGACCCGCGGCCAGGUGGACCGCCCGGGCCACCCGGCACCGACCUGCUGUCCCGCCCGCGCCGCCUACCGCCCAGAACACGCCCACACAUGUCAGUAUUUAUUCAGUUUAACCUGCAAUAAAAGUCAAAUCUAUAUUCAUGUCGAUUAUAGAGUGAUAACAUUCGUGAACAUAUAGAAUAUUACAUGUACAAAUAUA